AUGUCUCCAGAUAAAACUCUCCAGAAGGAAGUCGCUGUGAAACUCAAGCCACUGGACUUAACAAUCAAAACGUGGUUCAGGAACCCACGAGCCAAACUGAGGAAGCAGCAGCAGCAGCUGCCACGAAGGCAACCACGUCAGAUUCCUCCAGCCAAGAACGAGCCCCUUGCCCCCAGCGCCAACCAGUCCUUAUUCUUUUCCCCUGUAGCUUCAGAUUCCUAUAGCUCCCGUCCACCUCAGCCCUCGGGCCCUGCCAGCUGCUCGGGUGGCAGCCUGGGAUCCGGAGCCGGUUCGAUUCGCGAGACGCAGAGACCGUCGGAGGUGAGGGAGCCGCGGCCCCUGGGACGGACCCGGCUGGGCUGGGAACCCGCGCGUCUGUGUGCCCACGGGGGCCAGCGAGGAGGUGAUUCGCGGGGACCGGAGACUCCGGACCAGGGAUGGACCGGCGGAGUCCCGAACACCCCCAGGCGGCGGGCAGGGCGCCCACCAGUCCCCGGCCUCGCCCCGGCCAGGCCCGGCCCCCGCCAGCACAGUGACCCAUUUGGCUGGCACCGUGCUCCCGGGAGGCCCGCCCCGCGCCCCGGAGCCGCGGCCCCGCGCGGGUGGGCGCGCUGCAGCCCGUCAAUCGGGAAGCGCUGGGACCCACGCACCUCUCCCACCGCCGCCCGGCCCGGCCCAGCCUGCCCUCCGGGGCGAUGGGGACCCCGGCCCGGCCUGCCCUCCGGGGCGUCGGGGACCCCGGCCCAGCCUGCCCUCCGGGGCGACGGGCUGCGGGGCCGGGUGGGCUCUGCACAGCGGAGCCCUGGAUGUGCGGUGUCGCCGGGUGGGACGCGGGGUGGGGUCGAAACUCGGAGGGUGAGGCUUUGCAGGGCGCUGAGUCAGGGGCUUGAGGUGGGACCCGGGCCAGCCCAGAACCCCCCCCCCCCCCCCCCCCCCCCCCCCGCCAAGGCCAGGGCUGAGCGCAGCGGGAGGGCCCUUCGGGUGCCGCCGCUCGUCCCGCGACCAGGUGGGGGCACUGGGCCUCCUCCCGGGAGGAAUCUUGGAACCGGGUUUGGCACGUCAGGGCGUCCAGGCAGCGCCCGCCUCCCGCCCUCCAGUCGCGUUUCGGGGAGGACUUUCGGGCUGUUUUGUUUUCUUGGCUCCCGUCUAUUUUUAUUUUCCAGGGGUCUGACUCAGCCGGGCUUUGGGCGUGGAGAUAAGGUGGAGGGACCAGGUCCUGCGCGCCUGUGCGCGCGCGCGAGUGCGUGUGAGUGUGUGCGCGUGUGUGAGUGCGUGUGUGUGAGUGCGCGCGCGCGUGUGUGUGUGAAUGUGCGUGUGUGUAUGUGAGUGCACGUGUGUGUGUGUGAGUGAGUGUGUUGUGCGUGUGAGUGUGUGCCCGCGCUGUGUGCGUGUGAGUGACAGAUGGCGCCAGAGCGCGCGGUUUCCCCGCAGCCGGCGGUUUGGGAAGCCCGGCUGGGUCAGCGUGACGUGUUCGCCGCCCCCCGCCCCCCGCCCCCUCCCCUU